CAUUUCUUACGGUGUAUGAGCUGCGUGGUCGCCACUCACACAGAGGCAACACCCGACGCCUUCGCAUUUCAAAUUGAUUAAAACUAAAAACACUCGAUGCCGACGCCGUGCCUUGUUUCGUUUUCAGUGCGAUCGCAGACAUUGUGCAAAACGGUUCACAGUUCUCUCCUCGCGACUGGAGGUGAUCAAGUUUUUUCGUGGGAUUGCACUGAAAGAAGCCGGAGCCACCGGAGCCAAAGCAAGUGGAGUGGAGUAAAUCCCAAGGAGUCGCACCCUUCGAUCCCGUUGAAGACGAGUGAACUGGGCAUUUGAGCUUUAUCAAUUUCGGGCGUUUCUGCGGAGGCUCGACGCAUAUACACAGCCAAUCGGAACCAGAUUUGUAGCGAGGGUCGCACCAUGGAUAGCGUCAAGUCGUUCUUCGCCGGUUCCAGCAAAGAUGGCAGCCUGCCCAGCAACAGGCAGCCGAAUGUCCCCGGAUCCUCUGUCCCCAGUCGCUGGGGUCGCAGCUGGAGCACCAGCUCCCAGCACACGGAUCCCGAGCCAGGACCUUCCAGCUCCACCGCCAGCAAGAGCGGAAAUCCGUGCGACGUGAAGCGCAAGGACAGUGACAACUACUUCUACAUCAUGUGGCGCGCUUGAAGAUUACCAGACGAUUUUGGAUCGGAGCACCAGACGGAUGAGUCGCGAUCCGUGUCUAAAGUUACCUGCAGCUAUACAUAUCUGAUACCCUAUUAGGAACAUCGGAGCGUCAGCGGCAACAACCGCCUUUUGCCUUGUUGCACCAUCUCCAUUGGCCGAGUCCGGUGUUUAGUGAUACUAGUUAUUUAUUUACAAUUUUACACAAGACAUUCAUCUACCCCCGCACUUGUACGUGCUGUCCGAUCGAUCCCCUCCUCCUAUAUGGACGCCAUCACAAUCCUAGGCUUCAUCUACUGGCUGGUCUGCAUGAUUGCGUUCGGACCACUGAUGUUCUUUGUCUGCGUUUACCUGCCAGAGAUUCCGGUGCGGUAUGUGAAGGGUCUGAGGCAGCAGACCUGAGCGCCUUCCACCCUACUUGACCACCAACUAGCAAAGUCCGUAGUACGUAGAUUGUCCAAGCCAUAGUUAAAAUGAUAUUGAUGUACAACCGAUCGAUUUGCAAUAAAACUAUACACAAUAAUGCAUUCAA